AUGAGUUCCUAUUUUGUCAACUCCUCUUUCCCGGUGACGCUACCGGGAACGGGUGGAGGAGGACAGGCAACGGCGGAAUCGUUCCUGGGUCAGAUCCCGCUCUAUUCUACGGGAUACGCUGCCGACCACCCGCUCAGACACUACCCGGGGGCAGCAGCUGUUACCGCUGCAGCAGCCGUGGCGUACGGUGCGAGCGGCGGCGUGCACCAGGAUAAACCGUACACUGCGUCCGCCUACUAUCAGCAGGCGGCCAACGGAGCGUACGGCGGGCACCGGGCGUCGGCAGCAGCAGCAGCAGCGGCGGGGGUCGGUGUAGGGGGCGCGACCGGAGCCGGUGCCUGCGAUUAUGCCACAGCGGCGGCUGCAGCUGCGGCUGCGGCUGCUGCCACGAGCUUCUACCGGGACAAGGAUCACCCGUGUAGUCUGGAGGAACACCAUCUCGCCCUCAGUCAGGACGGCGUGCACCGUAAAGCGGAGUGCGCGGGGCUGAGUGGGAAGGGGCUGUUCGGUGAAACGAUGGACGACAAGUCAUCAGCGCCCAUUUAUCCGUGGAUGCAGCGGAUGAACGCGUGCAACGGGACCUUCGGAAGCCCCGGGAGGCGCGGCCGCCAGACGUACACGCGCUACCAAACGCUCGAGCUGGAGAAGGAGUUCCACUUCAACCGGUACCUCACGCGGCGGCGGCGGAUCGAGAUCGCGCACGCGCUCUGCCUAACGGAAAGGCAGAUUAAGAUCUGGUUCCAGAACCGGAGGAUGAAAUGGAAGAAGGAAAACAAGCUCAUCAAUUCGUCUUCUUCCUCUUCUUCUUCUUCCUCUACGGUGAACGGGGGAGAGGAAGAGGAGAAACGGACGGAGUGAUAGAUGAGCCAAAAAAAGGAAGAA